AUGGCGAUGGCGCGAAUCCUCUCCCAUGCCCUGAGACGCGCCAAUCUUCACCCCGGCUCUGCCCCUCGGGCCCUAAUCACCCGCCGCCAUUUCUCCGACCAAUCCGGUAAAACCGAGGUAGAAUUGAUUGAGGUGGAGGUGGACCAAUCUUCUUCACACGAGGCCGCCGCCGAGGUCAUAAGCGCCGGAAUUAAGAGAUUAGAGGAGGCCAUUCACAGAAUCGUCGUGCGCCGUUCUGCGCCCGAUUGGCUUCCCUUUUUACCCGGUUAUUCUUAUUGGGUUCCUCCAUCCAACAGCAAUAGAAUCAUGCGCCACCCGCAAGGUUUUAUUGAGGUGGUUGAGAAUUUGGCCACGGAGGGCGUGCCGAAUAGGGUAAAGCAGUCAGAUUUCUUGACGGAGGAUGAAACGAUGUCGUUUAGUUCUGCGCGUGGGUGGCCUUCUUCGACUUAUUUUAUUGAAGGCGCUUCACCCAUUCAUCCAAUUCCAGUGAUGGAAGUGGAGGUAAAAAAUCACAGGAAUGUGAACAAUUUGGGAAGCGCACCUACCUCUGAGGAGGAAGGAUGA